GUAGGUGGCGCCAGCUGCACCAACUCUCAGCCAGACCGCGAGACAUGUGGCUGAGACUUUCUGAAAGCUGCGCUUCGUUUUUAGCCAAAAACAAUUCCCGGAUAGUGCGAUUCGUCAGCACUUCAUAGCAGGAGUUUGGACGCCAUAAACAGUUUACUUGGUGCGAACCAGCCGCAGCAGCACUUAAAGUGGUGAUCAGGACAGCCCGGGGCGGACAUGACUGGAGGUGGAAGUGGCGGCCAGGGCCCACCUGAUGGGACGGAUGCUGAGGAGGCGGAGAGGUGUCCUAUCUGCCUGGGCGUCCUGGCUGGAGGCGAGCUCGCCAUGCCCGACAGCUGCUGCCACGUCUUCUGCCUCCGAUGCCUCCUCACAUGGGCAGAGUUGCAGAUGGCUCCUUCCUGCCCGGUGGACAGACGACCUUUCACUAAUGUUUACAGAUGGGACGGGAAUCUCAGCUGUGUGCAGGUUCCUGUGAGGAAGCGAGCGACUCAACCUGAAGCUGACAGUUGCUGCUGUAGAAACCCCGAACAAAAAGUCUGUCUGAAAAGUAAGCCUGCAAGAAGAUUGAGACGGCAAAAGGCUGAGAGGACGGCAGACGCCAAAUCAAAAGGACUCGUGAGGAAAUGUAACGACGAGGACCCCUCCUCACUGAGCAGAAAAAAGCAAUGUUUGAUGUGUUUAUUCCAGGUGAGAGGAACAGAGUGCUGUACCUGGUCACCGUCUCCUUGUGUCUCAUUAACAACAUCAACUCAGGAGAUUGCAGAGCCUGUGUGGGUGGCAGAGGACAUACCAUAUGACACAGGGUUCAAACAGUGCAAGCCUCAGCCGCAAGAUUGUCCGUGGCUUUCUCCUGCUGCUCCCAUCCCUGCUAGCGGCACCUCGAGGCAGAAUUUCCAUCCCACUGGUUGGAACCACAGCCCAUUUCCAUUAGGACUCAUUGGCUCAUCUCCCUUUUCCUCCAGCUCACUGUUUGGCCCUGGUCAUUUUGUGUUUCAAGGUGUUGUCUGCGCCAUCACAUGUCCCAAAGGAGGAGAGAAGAGAGGUGGCCGAGCUUCAACCUCCAAAGCGCCCACCAAAGAGACCGAGUCUCUACCAGCCAGGCGGUCUGGACGCAACAAUAAAACCCAGGAAGAGGCUCCAGCAUCUGACCCACCAUCACCGCCGCAGCCCAGUUCGUCAGACUCUGACUCAUCUACCGGCCAGCCCACCAGACCGGGCCGGGCUUCUCAGGCGCCAGCCAAGAGGAAGGGCAAACAGGUAACAAACCGAAAGGCCAGUGGGAAAAGGAAAGCCACAGCAAGAAAAAAACGUUCUCCUGAAGUCGUUAACAGCCCAGCAGCAAGUGAGGAGGAGGAAGAGGGAGAUGGGGACGACAACAUGGAGAAGGAGGAGGAAAAAGACAAAACUGAUCAGGAGCAGGAUUUGAACAACUCAGAGCAGCCGCAGUCUGACGCCGAAGGGAGCCACAAUGAAGACCAGGACGGUUUCAACUCUGCUGAUGAGCGAGGAGGCGCUGAAGGUUUGAGUAACGACGUGGGACAGGACAGCGAUGUCACUCAGGAACAAUCUAAUGAACAUGAACAGAAACCGGAUGAGGGAGGCGAUGACCUGUCUUGUCGCUCAGACUCAGCUCACAACAGCCCCGGGUCGUGUUCUGAGGGCGACCAGGGGAGGGAGGACGAAGAGCCGCCAAGUCCUGUUUCCUCUGAAGAAAAAGAAGAUGAGAAAAGGGCUUCACUAUCCCCCUCCGACUCUCACAGCGCUCUGCUGGACAACCUGAUGUCUCCACACUGUGAUGAGCUGGAUGAUAACAUGGAGGUCUGCGCAGAGUCAGAAGAAUUUAACAACGAAGACUCAAAGGAAGUGAAGCCUGAAUCAUGUGAGAAUUCCCCACAACCGGCUUCCCCCUCUGCCGGAGAGUCAGAAGAUGAUUUAGCUGUCCCAGACUCCAAAGCUUCCGAGGGCACUGAUACAGAAAAGGUUGAAUCAGAGGAGCGUUCAGUGGCUGACAGCUCUGUGGAAGGAACCAAGGAUGACAGUCAAUCCAAGGAUGACAAUGAAGUUGUUGCCAUGGACUGCAGUUCACCCAUCAGCGAGCAUGACAAGGAUCCUGUUUUCGAGCUACCAAAGGAGAGUGCUGCCCCAGCUGCUGCAGAACCUCAUGCUUCUGAAAGCCAAGUCGCCAAGGACGAGAGCCGCAAGGACCAACGCGAGAGAGAAAGGAGUCAAGAGAGGAAGAAUGGCAGACAGCGGCGCUCUCGCUUCCACUCCCCAACCUCUACCUGGUCACCUAAGAGGGACUCCAAGCAAGAACCAUCGAGGCGCUCGCGCUCGCGGUCUAGAGAACGUGAUGGCAGCCCGCCCUCGAGCCGCUCAUCCCGAGCUCGCAGCAGAGAAAGAGACAGGGACCGGGACGCAGAGAGAGACUAUUCUAGGAGGGAGCGUAGUCGUGAAAGGAGGAGGCGGCGAUCCAGGAGCCGCUCCAGGUCCAGGUCCCGGUCCCGGUCUCGGUCCAGGUCGCGUUCCAGAACAAGGUCCUACAGACGAGCUCCAAGCCCUGAACGACCGACCUCGAGAGAGCAGUCUCCCCAGAGGAAGGAGCGUAGAGGUGGCUGGAGGUCUGGGCAGGGCAGCGGGUCUGGUGGUGAGGGACGGAGGCAUCACGGAGGCGCUGGGCGCUUCGAAAAUGGUGUGCCUACAGAAAGUUCCCCUGAACGCCAGGGCUGGUCGGAAAAUCCUGACUGGGUCACAGAAAAGAGUCGCAGUGAUGCAGAUGGCAGGAUCCGGGACUCGGCCUCCAGCGGCGGCUCGCGCUGGGAAGACAACCGCAACAGUGGCGGGAACAGAGGAGAGGCAAGGGGCCGGGGGGGGCGCGGAGGGUUCGAACGCGGUCGGGGUGCGGGCCGCGGUGGCAGCAACCGUAGCUUUUACAACCAGCAGGAGGAAACAUCCGACAGCCGCUGGCAGCCCAGAAACAACUUCUCAGGUACAGGCAACAAUUCAGGGAAUGACGCGUACAGCCGCUUCAAUGAAAACCGGGGCGGUGGCCGGAGGAAAGAGUCGGACCCCGGAGACUCUAUGCUCGACCGGUCAGGCUGGUCAUCGGCAUCCAGCUGGGCUGUUAGGAGGACGCUACCCGCAGACGUUCAGGAUUAUUACUCCAAGAGGGAGAGAGGAGGACCUGGAGGCUGGAACCGACAAGAGGAGGAGCAGCCGGCAGCAGCAGCAGAUCCCCCUAAAAGCGAGCCUCCUCCCCAAGCCGUCCCGGGUAACGCUCCGGUUCCUGUGAUGAACGUGAUUCCUCCUCAGCUGAAUGUUCUUCACCAAUACCCCAUGCAGGGCCCACGAGGAGCCCUGCCGGUCAGCUUGCAGCCCGCAGCACCAUACGCCAUGCCUCCUCAGGUCCCCGUGCACCUCCACCCUGCCGUACCACUGCUUCAGGUCCCCGCUGUUGGUGCUCAAGGCCUCCCACCGCCUCCCCCGCCGCCUCCACCCAUGCACCAAGGCAGCCAGACAGCAGCAGCUCAGCCUGAUGGCUAUGCGACACAGAUGGCAAAUACAAUGGUGGGUUAUGGGAAACCCGCCCUUCUUCCCACCCCAACCAAAGCUGGUAUUACCAUGGCGACCCAGGGCCAGCUGGCACACAGUCAGGUGCUACCAUCCUCUACAACUCAGUCCGGCCAGCAUAACAGGGCUCAAGCCGAUAGCUCCAAAAAAGAAAAGAAACAACAGAUCCAAGAGAAAGCUAUAAAUGAAGUGAAGACAGCCAUCAAACCCUUUUACCAAAGGAAGGAAAUCACAAAGGAGGAGUACAAGGAGAUUGUCCGCAAAGCGGUAGAGAAGAUUUGUCACAGCAAGAGUGGUGAGGUGAACUCCAGUAAGGUGGCCAACCUGGUGAAGGCCUACGUGGACAAAUACAAGCACGCCCGCAAGAAAUGAAAUCCCACCCUGCUGCUGGCGUGGCGAUGCCCUCACAGACCCAUUCAGCUGCUCAAGUGCAAUUUCCUCUAGCUGGAAUUUGGCCUCCAAACUGAAAGACAACGGAGAGCCAACAUUUUCUUUUUUGAUAUCUCUACCUUUUAUUGAAUGAUGAAGAUUUUUUUCUAUAGAUUUUCAUAUUUUGUUAGAAAAAAAGAAUUACCCAAUCAGAAAUUGUAAUGCAAGAGCCCUUUAUUUUGCAUAGAUCAUGUGACUUGGGAACUACUGUAAGGUGCGCAGGGUAGCGUGGGGUGGGGGGGGGGGGGGGAUGGGACAGUUGAUACUAAAGAUGCAACGCUCUGUGAACGACAACAGCUCAUGUAGUGGAGAGUCUCUCCCAGGGUGCCGGCUGGUACGAUGAAUAUCUCCUGUAUGGCGUCCUGAUCGCAUAGCUUGUUAAUUGAAUAUUGUCAAUGUUCUUUUUUUAAAAUAUUAUAUAAUAUUUCAGAUGAAAGCCUAGUUUAAAAAACAGUGCAUUGCCUUUAUUAAUCUCUGUGGCCCAAUGGCGGGCUGGAAUCUGAUGAGUGUGAUUGUAAUCAGGGCCCUGAUUGGUUGAGGACCCGAUCAGCAGUGAGUGUGUAAUGUAAGGCACAGUUCUGGGGCUCGUGGGUGGGUGGGCGGGGCAGAUCAAUCGAAAUGAAUCCCACCCCCUGCCUGAAUGUGUAAUAAUGUCAAUGAGUGAACAUGAACGUUGCAAAGUAUCCAGAGAGUAGUGAAAUAAAUUAGCUGCUUCCUGAUCUGCUCUGUGUGUUUGUCAGAGGAUUCACAUGAAGGAAAGGAACACCUCCAUUUGAGAUUUUAAAGAUGGAAGUUUUUGAUGUUCGUCUCCAUCUCUGUAGAUGUGAUGUUUCUGUUCUACACUUCCCAAAAAUCACCUUUGAAACAGUG